AUGGAGAAAUAUAUUGAAGUUUUAGUUAAAGAGAUGAAGCAAAUGAUGCGUGAGAUGAAGGUCCACAUCCACAAUCCAUCUGCUUAUGAUAUUGCAUGGGUGGCCAUGAUUCCAAGUGAUAAAUGUGGAGGGGAGCCCAUGUUUCCAAAGUGUUUAGAAUGGAUUAUUGAGAAUCAAAAAGAUGGGGGAUUUUGGGGAGGGGAAGAUGACUGCAACUCUCCCUCUCCCACCGCUGAGUGCCUACCUGCUACAUUUGCAUGCAUUGUUGCCCUCAAGACUUGGGACGUAGGUCACGAGUGCAUGGGGAGAGGGUUGGACUUCAUUCAUGGAAACAUAGAGAAGCUCUUGCUUGAACAUUCUCCACAAUUUGCAACUCAAUGGUUUACUAUCAUUCUUCUUGGUACGAUUGAACUGGCUCAGAGCAAAGGACUGGAAAUCUUUCCCAAAGGUUUCCCAGCGCUUGUAAAAUCUCUUUUUAGAGAAAGAGAGAGAAUUUUUGAAAGGGAAAAUUUGACACAAAAUUACGAAGUUGCUCUGUUAUAUCAUUUGGAAGCAAUGCCAGCAACGUACCAGAUCGAUUUUGGAGAGGUCUUACAAUUCAAGGGCCCUGAUGGGUCCCUAUUUGGAUCUCCUUCUUCAACAGCAUGCGCAUUCAUAGCUACAAAGGAUUCCGAUUUCCUCAACUAUCUCAAAUCCAUGUUUCAGAAAGUUGAAAAUGGAGCUCCUGCAACAUAUCCUGUGGACGAGGGGUUCAUUAAGCUAUGGAUGGUCGACUUAUUGGAGAAUUUAGGGUUGGAAGAGUACUUUUCAGAAGAGAUACAAAAAGUGUUAAACGAUACAUAUAUGGUUUGGAUGGAAGAUGAUGAAGAAAACAAUGCGAAUCUCCUGGUGGUAGAAGAAAUGUACAAGGAUUCACUUGCAUUUAGACUUCUACGGACCCAUGGAUACCGUGUGUCCCCAAGUAAGUUUUGUUGGCACUUAUCCAGCCCUCAAAUCAGAUCACAUGUGGAAGAGAAUUACGAAGAAUAUUUGAGCCCAAUGCUCAGUAUUUAUAAGGCAUCCCAUUUUAUGUUCUUGGGAGAAAACGAACUUGAAAAUGCAAUGUCCUUCUCCAAAUCACUGUUAGAGAAGGCUUUGUCCAACAAUAACACCUAUGAUCGUUUCCUUUUUCUCAAGGAUCUUCGAGAUGAGAUUGAGUUUGAACUCAGUGCUCCAUGGCUUGCGCGACUCGACCAUUUGGUACAUUUUUGGCACAUUCAACAAUUUGAAAAUAAUGAAAUGCCGUGGAUGGGGAAGGCUUGCUCUUUCGGAUUGGCUGCUCGAACCCAUAACAUGUUGGCAGAACUCGCCAAAAGAAACUACACCUUACGCCAGUCGAACUUUAAGGAUGAACUGGGAAAGCUUGAAAGGUGGGCAAAAAAGAGUGGAAUCCGUGACCUAGGGUUUGGGCGAGAAAAGACUGUUUAUUGCUACUUUGCAAGUGCCACUACAUGCUAUCAUCCACACUUGUCCUUAGCACGACUGGCAAGUGCCCAGACUGCGAUCCUUGUUACAGUUAUUGAUGACUUUUUCGAUUUUCAUGGAUCCAUGGAUGAGCUUCAGAGUUUUACAGCUGCAAUCAAAAGAUGGGAUGGAAGAAAUCUAAUUCGGGAUGGGAAGGUUCUCUUUUCUGCAGUACAUGACCAUGUUAAUACAAUUGCAAAGGAAGCCUUUCACCAACAAGGGCGAGACAUUACUAUCGAUCUUCGACAAAUGUGGAAUGGAGCAGUGAAUGCAUGGCUUAAAGAGGCUGAGUGGAGCAGAAACAAUUACCUCCCAUCCAUAGAGGAAUACAUAGAAGUUGGGAUGACGUCAAUUGCAGCUGAUCUAGUCAGUGAUCAUGCUAUAUAUUUGUCUCCUCUAGAGCUCUCAAAUGAAAUACCGCACCAUGCUCGUUAUGAAAAGGUCUCGGAACUCACCAUGCUUUGUGCACGCCUCUUAAACGACUUGCAAAGCUAUGAGAAAGAAAGUAAGGAGGGGAAAUCCAACCUCGUUGUAUUGAUCAUGAAGGCAAACCCAAAUGCAACGACCCAAGAUGCAAUAGCAUGCAUUGAGAAGAUAUUGGAUCAAAAGAAAAAAGAAUUGGUGGAGAAAAUUCUGAUAGAUUACAAUGAUAGCUUGCCUCGUCAAUGUAAAAUGAUUCAUUUAGGAACUCUCAAAGCAUUCCAAAUGUUCUUCAAUGGCACCAAUGCCUUUGAUUCUCCUACACAACUUCUCCAUGAAAUCAAUAAAGCCUUUUAUGAAGAUCUUACAAUGAAAGCAAGUAAACUUACCCCCCUUAAGGAUGAGCAAAGCCGCCUCGAUGUUCAUGUGAAUGCAUCUAUGCCCAAAGAAAAUAGAUUGGCUUCUAAAAGUCAGGCUUGUCUACGCAAGUGCAACAAGCCUAGCCGAGGAUCAUGGGCCACACCCCUUCGUGGCUUUGGUUUCAGACCAAGGGUUAAUCUUUCAGUUCUUAAAUCUCCAUGGUUCAAUAACCAUAUAACUCGAAUGAGGGUGUAAGAGGAAAUAUGACACAAAUCUUGGGUCUCAUCUUUGAAGAAUAUGCAGAGAAUUUCAUAAUUCACAUGGUGGACGGGUGAUUACGCAGCACUUUUCAGUUUACCUUUUUGUUUUUCUUUUUUCUUUUUGUUGGGAAGAAAUAUUAAUUGAGAAGAGAUGGUAUUAUUAACAUAUGCAAUGAUUCCCAAAGAAGUAUGUGUG